UCCUGAGGGGAGGAGGCGAGCCAGGGGCCGGGCACUGAGCUCUUUGGCGCCCCCACCCCCGUUUUCGGAGCCCUCCACGCUGCGGCCACUGUCCCCUCCGGACCAUGGCCGACGACGACGUGCUGUUCGAGGAUGUGUACGAGCUGUGCGAGGUGAUCGGCAAGGGUCCCUUCAGUGUUGUACGACGAUGCAUCAACAGAGAAACUGGGCAACAAUUUGCUGUAAAAAUUGUUGAUGUAGCCAAGUUCACAUCAAGUCCAGGGUUAAGUACAGAAGGUAAGAGAUGGAUUUCAAAUCUAAAGCGAGAAGCCAGUAUCUGUCAUAUGCUGAAACAUCCCCACAUUGUAGAAUUAUUGGAGACAUAUAGCUCAGAUGGAAUGCUUUACAUGGUUUUUGAAUUUAUGGAUGGAGCAGAUCUGUGUUUUGAAAUCGUAAAACGAGCUGAUGCUGGUUUCGUAUACAGUGAAGCUGUUGCCAGUCAUUACAUGAGACAGAUACUGGAAGCUCUACGCUAUUGUCACGAUAAUAACAUAAUUCACAGGGAUGUGAAGCCCCACUGUGUUCUCCUUGCCUCAAAGGAAAAUUCGGCACCUGUUAAACUUGGGGGCUUUGGGGUAGCUAUUCAAUUAGGGGAGUCUGGACUUGUAGCUGGAGGGCGCGUUGGAACACCUCAUUUUAUGGCCCCAGAAGUUGUCAAGAGAGAGCCUUAUGGAAAACCUGUAGAUGUCUGGGGUUGUGGCGUGAUCCUUUUUAUCCUGCUAAGCGGUUGUUUGCCUUUUUAUGGAACCAAGGAAAGAUUGUUUGAAGGCAUUAUUAAAGGAAAAUAUAAGAUGAAUCCAAGGCAGUGGAGCCAUAUCUCUGAAAGUGCCAAAGACCUCGUACGCCGAAUGCUGAUGCUGGAUCCCGCCGAGAGGAUCACUGUUUAUGAAGCACUGAAUCACCCAUGGCUUAAGGAGCGGGAUCGUUACGCCUACAAGAUUCAUCUUCCAGAAACAGUAGAGCAACUGAGGAAAUUCAAUGCACGGAGGAAACUAAAGGGUGCAGUACUAGCAGCUGUGUCAAGUCACAAAUUCAACUCAUUUUAUGGGGAUCCCCCUGAAGAGUUGCCAGAUUUCUCCGAAGACCCUACCUCCUCAGGACUUCUAGCAGCAGAAAGAGCAGUGUCACAGGUGCUGGACAGCCUGGAAGAGAUUCAUGCACUUACAGACUGCAGUGAAAAGGACUUAGAUUUUCUACACAGUGUUUUCCAGGAUCAGCAUCUUCACACACUACUAGAUCUGUAUGACAAAAUUAACACGAAGUCUUCACCGCAAAUCAGGAAUCCUCCAAGUGAUGCAGUACAGAGAGCCAAAGAGGUAUUGGAAGAAAUUUCAUGUUACCCUGAGAAUAACGAUGCAAAGGAACUAAAGCGUAUUUUAACACAACCUCAUUUCAUGGCCUUACUUCAGACUCACGAUGUAGUGGCUCAUGAAGUUUACAGUGACGAAGCACUGAGGGUUACACCUCCUCCCACUUCUCCCUAUUUAAAUGGUGAUUCUCCAGAAAGUGCAAACGGAGACAUGGAUAUGGAGAACGUGACCAGAGUUCGCCUGGUCCAGUUCCAAAAGAACACAGAUGAACCAAUGGGAAUCACUUUAAAAAUGAAUGAACUAAAUCACUGUAUUGUUGCAAGAAUCAUGCAUGGGGGCAUGAUUCACAGGCAAGGUACACUUCAUGUCGGAGAUGAAAUUCGAGAAAUCAAUGGCAUCAGUGUAGCCAACCAAACAGUGGAACAGCUGCAAAAAAUGCUUCGGGAAAUGCGGGGGAGUAUCACCUUCAAGAUCGUGCCAAGUUACCGCACUCAGUCAUCCUCCUGUGAGAGAGAUUCCCCCUCCACUUCCAGACAGUCCCCAGCUAAUGGUCAUAGCAGCACUAACAAUUCUGUUUCGGACUUGCCAUCAACUACCCAACCAAAAGGACGACAGAUCUAUGUAAGAGCACAAUUUGAAUAUGAUCCAGCUAAGGAUGACCUCAUCCCCUGCAAAGAAGCUGGCAUUCGAUUCAGAGUUGGUGACAUUAUCCAGAUUAUUAGUAAGGACGAUCACAAUUGGUGGCAGGGUAAACUGGAAAACUCCAAAAAUGGAACGGCAGGUCUCAUUCCUUCUCCAGAACUUCAGGAAUGGCGAGUCGCUUGCAUUGCCAUGGAGAAGACCAAACAGGAGCAGCAGGCCAGCUGCACUUGGUUUGGCAAGAAAAAGAAGCAGUACAAAGAUAAAUAUUUGGCAAAGCACAAUGCAGUGUUUGAUCAAUUAGAUCUUGUUACAUAUGAAGAAGUAGUAAAACUGCCAGCAUUCAAAAGGAAAACACUAGUCCUAUUAGGUGCACAUGGUGUUGGGAGAAGACACAUAAAGAACACCCUCAUCACGAAGCACCCAGACCGGUUUGCAUACCCUAUUCCACAUACAACCAGACCUCCAAAGAAAGAUGAAGAAAAUGGAAAGAAUUAUUACUUUGUAUCUCAUGACCAAAUGAUGCAAGACAUCUCUAAUAACGAGUACCUGGAGUAUGGCAGCCACGAGGAUGCGAUGUACGGGACAAAACUGGAGACCAUCCGCAAGAUCCACGAGCAAGGUCUGAUUGCGAUACUGGACGUGGAGCCUCAGGCACUGAAGGUCCUGAGAACAGCAGAGUUUGCUCCUUUUGUUGUUUUUAUUGCCGCACCGACUAUCACUCCAGGUUUGAACGAGGAUGAAUCUCUUCAGCGUCUGCAGAAGGAGUCUGACAUCUUACAGAGAACAUACGCACACUACUUCGAUCUCACAAUUAUCAACAAUGAAAUCGACGAGACAAUCAGACAUUUGGAGGAAGCCGUGGAGCACGUGUGCACAGCCCCGCAGUGGGUCCCCGUCUCCUGGGUCUAUUAGGCCCCCCUCCCCCAGAUAUCUGCCGUAUAACUGGGAGCCACCUCAUACAUGGAAAAGCCUCUUUGUUAUCGGCCUUGUGUCAGCAGGUCGUGGUCCCUAGAGACUACCUAGUUGUAGUGUGACCUACAUUUAUAAUUAUUGUCAUGUCCGAAUAGAUAGGAGGAGAAAAACAAUUACACACUAAUUUAAAGAGACAGUAUCUUUUUUAAUCAGUUCUCCUAAACUUUAAUAAAAUGUAUCUUUAAAUGUAUGUAUUAUUCAAUCCUUUGGAAUGUUAUAUUUUUGGAAAUCAUAGCUUUUUAUUUCCAAGGCCCCUAAAAACUGCACAAAAUAGAUGCUGCUUUCUAUAAUCUAUUUUAAUAAUAAUAAACAAUGAUUCUGUUACCUUGACUGGGGUUGGAACACUACAUUCUUUUUAGAGUCUGAUUUUAUGGAUUGGAAUAUCUUUCUUUCCUUUAUUUAUUUGAAAUAAUCAGUCUAGUGAUUACAAAACUCAUAAAUUUUUAAAGGCCUUUUUUUCCUCUUUUUUUUUAGAAUAGUAUUUUUUUUAAGUCCUUUAUGUAACAUCCAGAUAAUGUGAUACUGUCUCUUUGAAGCACCCUGUAAACCUUUUAGAGAUUUGAAGUUGGGUCUUGACUCUUAAUGCAUGUGGACAGUCGCGAGCGUUUAUGCUGUCGGUGUGUCUGUGUUGGACAAAACAAUCUGUAAUCUACAACAAAGUACAUUCCGUUCACGGGGCACACCCAGGGGAAUAAGAAUAAAAUGCUAUUAUGACUAAGUUGUAAACCUAUGCACAUCCCUUGCAUUUCGGGCAACUUUAUAAAAAAAAAAACAAACAAAAGAAACUGAUUUUUAUUAAUAAUAACCAUGUAGUGAAAUGUGUUUGUAAUUUUGUCUCAAUUUAAUUUGUUGUAAGGUGGGGGGGGAAUUGCUGGUUUCACCAUUUCAGAUCUGUGUUGUCUGAGAGUAUUAACAUUUUAAUUAAGCAAAGAAAUGAGGAUUUUUAAUAUGUAUGUAAUUGUUUUAAAGCACCCGUUUUAAGAGAAUAUACUGUGCAAUGAAGAAACCAGUUUAGGCAUUUGCUAUAAACUGAAUUAUUCCAAAAGAAUAAUAAUCUAUAACAGCCCUGUAAAUUCCUUUAAAAUGAUAACAGGACAGUUUGACCAAUUUUUUUUAAAUAUACUUCCUUUUAUGUGUUCAAUAAUUAAAUGCCUUUGGGUCCUUCAUUUCAUCAUAGAUUUGUUCAGGUUUACAAGGUGAUGACCUUUUAGAUUUUAUAAUCCUUUAGAUGCUCAUUGAACCAUCGAAGGCCUAGGAAUGACUAUCAGUUGGCAGGACAACAAAAUACUCUGCCAGAGCACAGCUGGGACCUCAUCUGGCUCCCAGAACACAGUGCACCCGAGGGCCACUCAAGUGCUGGAGGCAACAUGUGGUUUCUCCUUCCUCUUGCUAUAUCCGUUGGCACAGGAUAAUCAUGUCCUUGUUGCAUCAGAGACAUUAACCAUCCCAUCACCCUUCUGUGAGGUCACGUUCUUCCAAUACAGGUGAGUCAGGCUGGCAGUUUUCUUGCUUUUUGCCAGAGGUCAGUGGCAGGUUUUUCCAGUCGAGUGUCAGUGGUUCUAUAUACCUUGAAAAAAAUACCAUCGAGUUUCCUUCUUGUAGGUUAGAUGGCCUCAUUGCUUUGUGCCUCGGCAGGACAUGCAGGAUGUGUUCUGAGCGGAACAGCUCCUCUUGAAGGACCACACAGAGAAGGCCUUUGUAUACUCUUUUGAGGGUGUCGCCCUCCCCUCCCCCUACUCUUACCGAACAGUGCUGGGUUUUCCGCCGAUGUUGUCCUUUGUCGGUGACCCGAUGAGUAUACAGCUUACAAACUGCUAAGUAAACUGCUGCCAUUGGGGUCCCAUCUCAGGGUGACCAAACCACUAAACCAGAGACACCCUGGAUGGAGGGAGAAACCCCGAGAGCUGUUUGGGGCUGUGAUGGGACUGACUGCCAUCUAAGCGCCGCCAAGGCCAGCCAGUCAUUCCCAGGAUGGUACUGGUCACAAUGGGGCUCUUCUCAGUGUGAGCGUGCCCGCGCUACCUCUUUUCCAAUGAAGCACAAAGAAGAAUGCAACUGACACCUGAGAAAUGAAGCUCCCUCCCUCUGGUAGGAACCCCCAUGGCCCACUUGCCCUCUGAGACCAGGUCUCCGGGGAUGCUUGACGAUGCCUGUCGAGCCACCCACCAUGCUGGUAAAGGCAGGUCAGGCAGAGGAAGAGAAAAGCAAUGCAAGCGUAGUCUGUGGCCCCGGGGCUGAGAAGCACACAGGCUGGUGGCAUUCUCACCAUUGUGCAGGUGGCAAAAUUCCUGCACCCAGAACUCAUUCUGACUUCUCAAAGAGGUCAUCUGUUCCCUUCUGCUAAUAUACGACUAUCCUAAAGCAGUGUCUUUGUGACCUAGCAGAAAAGACUUAAAUUUCUGAAUCCAGAGUAAUUACAGUACACUGCUGCUGCCACUCCAUUUCAGUUGUCCACUGAGCAAUCAGAAAAUUGCUCAAAAGCUGCUUUACUGUUUCCAUUCCAUCCACAAAAUCAUUUUUUUCCUUUCAAAGAACAGAGCAGAUGAUUAGAUUAUUAAAUCUUAACACUGGUCAAUUCAGCCAUAUUCUGAGGGCUCUCUUUCCAGUCCUAUUCCUUACAGCAAGAAAGGGGGGUAGGGGUUAAUAUGUCAAAUCAGCUGUUAAAAAGAAUGUCCUGAUUUUCUAAUCAUAAAACAGUAAUUACUUUGCCCAGGCAGCAUGUUCAAUUUUAACACUAAAAAGGAAAAUGUCACUCAGUUUAAUUCAGGAAGCAUCCCAGUGUUGAGAUAAUAUGGUAGCCUUUUAAAAAGCAAUUAAGUGUAUCUCCUGUUAGGUGAGAUGGUUUGAAAUAUUUGCUCAGAGAGGAACAGAAAUGGGUGACCUACUUCUUGGCAAUUUGCAUUCAGAAGGCAUCUUCUGAGCCUGUCCCGUUGGCAGUGAGGUAUCCAAAGAUGCUGCAAAGCCCUUACCGCACGAAGGACCAGCAUAUGCUCCUUUUUCUCCAGGGCCCAGUCCAUCUCCCACUGAUGGGGCCAGCCCACUGGGCCUGGACUCCAUGCUAUGAUUAUUUUUUAAGACUUUGAUCUCAUGAUUAUAGAGGGGUUUUUUUGGUUUGUUUUUAAAUCACUUGUAGUUAAUCUGUUCAAUAAGUUUUGAGUUCAUUCCUGGAAAAAGUAUAAUCAGUUGAGCCACCCCUGGGGACACUGAGCAGUGGAAAUGUCCGGCGUGGACACUGCCCUUUAAGGACAGGCGACCCAAAGCAACCGCUCUUGUCUCCCCCUGAUGUCCUUUUCUUCAUUUCAGGUCAGUCACUUGAGGGCAAAGAGAACAUACCGCUAAAGCUAGCAAGAACAUUUCUUGAUUAAUAUAUUCUUAAUGCCUCCCAGGCUAUCUCCUUGGAAAGAAGAGAAGGCAUCUUGCAAUCAGCAUUCCAAACAAGCCCCUGUGGAUUCUCAUCCUGCUUAUUUCCUAUCAUCAAACCAGUGUGUGUGUUUGUGUGUGUUUGUGUGUGUGUUGCGGGGCCGGGGGUGGGGGAGACGGAGGAGGGGCUUGUUUUUCCAGAACUGAACACAGCCUCCUAAUUCCAUCCUGUUUCCAAGGGCUUAGAUACCAAGGUCCCCAAGUGUUCUUUCUCUUGUUCUGCACCUCUUAUUCUCCUCUUAGAAAGAUCUUUUGCUUCUGACUGCAGCUUACAGAAGGGCUACAAGCUUUCCUCAUGAAUUGUUUCAUUUGGUAGAACUUUUCCACUUCUUACGCCUUUAGAGUAAGGUCUUCCUCUCCACUUGGUGUCUUUGGUUACAGGACGUCAUCUGUGAGGCUCAACGCUUGGUUGGCUUUGCCCACACCCACUCAUCGGUUUGCCUUAAACUUGGAGCUAUUGGAAGUCUUGGGUCUUCUAGUUUAGUGAGUGAAGUUUAGGGGUAACAGGCAUCCAGGAAGUAAGAGAAAGGAAGAAAGAGUUUAUGUCCACAAGUCCACAUCCUUUUUAUCUGGUCUUCUCUCUGCUUCUCUUGGGCUGCAGAAGGUGGGCUGACAUAUAGAAAAAUCCAGAGCUACCCCCAUCCCUCAACUAACCAUCAACUCUCUUGACCCUGUGCAAAUGGACCAAGCAAAAGAAAACAGAGAUGUUUGGCACCACACACGGGAGACCUCGUUUCCAGCCCCAAGCACAACCCCCUAUUUCUUUACACGUAGAACAUUGGAGCUUCGCAGCCCCAUCUGUGUUCCUUCCCUUCUCUCCCACAUGUGACCAAAGGAACGUGCCAGUGGUCUCACCUAUCAAGCCCUGGGGGUGACCAUCUUAGGACCCAGAGGACGUGCAGUCUCUUGGAAGGAGUUCUGCUCGGGGGUAGAAAUAGGGGUUUCUCCACCGUGAGUGGCCCUGGCUAUUAUUUGCAUUUUGAAGAAACCAAGAAUUGGGGGACUCAAUUUCUGGUCUCUGCUGUGUCCCCAGAGGGCGCCUGUGCAGGGGGUGAGAAGCUGUGGGGGCAGCAGGCCCAGGAGCUGACACAAAGGCCUAACAAUCCCAAUACCCAUGUGCAGAGACCAUAGCAUCAUGUUUAAUUGCCAGGCAGGCACGUCGCCAUUCAAACUCAGUUCUGGGGUUAUUUUGCAUAAAGUUUUGCCAACGUGUUCCUUUUUUUUUUCUGUAUGUAUAAUUGCCUUUUUAUAAAAGGUUUUGAAGUAUUGUCUCAGUGAUUAAAAGAGAGCGAUGUUAACAGUUGUUGUAUAUUUCACCGUAUCCAAUUGUAAGUAUUUGCAGGGUACAGCCAAGCCUUAGCGUGCAAGAGCGUCUGUGUCCUCCGACACCCCGGAGGUGAGGGCAUCGGAAAGGUUCGGAUUCUUUGUAAAUGUCCCGCUUUUCUUUCUCUCUGUGUUUAUCUAUUUACAUGCCUUAGCACACGCCCUCCUGCCCUGAUCCCUUUGCCCUGUCGCCAGAACACCCAGAACGCUGGUGCACUGUCGGUACAGGACAAGUCAACGCAACCCUAAUCAGCUGUCUCUUGUGUGACAGGGGAGGAAGAGAAACUCCAUAGUAUUCUUUGUAGAAUAUACAUACCUGUAGGAUGCUGUGUAAUGGGAAACCAUAGAAUUGGGCUUUUGUCAUUUCAAAGUUGGAGAAAUGUAUGAAUAAAAUGUAUAAAACACGAAAA